AUGGUAAAAAAACUAGAUAAAAAUCAAUUGGCUGAAAAGAUAGAGAACAUUUUAAAAAGUCAUCAAAGUCCUUAUGAGAGGAAGAUUGCUUUGUUUAAUUUGGUAAAAAACUUGGAAGUAGGAGACUUUCCACCCGAAAAGAAAAAAAGGGUGAAUUACCUUUUACAAGGACACUUAUACAAUGAAUUAGCCAAACAAAGUAUGGACGAAUACAAGAAAACUACCGGAGAAAGAAGUAAAAGUAAGCAAUUUUGGAGAUAUACUUUUCUUGAUAUUCAAACUGGUAAAGAAGAUUGGUUUUUAAAUAAUUACCGAAUAGGUUAUAUCCCUAAUUUAAGUGGUAAAUUAAAACUGGAAUGGGAUAAAAAGGAAGAGUUAAACAAAGGAACUAAAAAAGUAGAUGACAAUCUUACGAGGAGACCAAUAAAGUUUAAACACCAAGAUUUAGUUGAGUUUGUAGAGGGAUUAAAGAAAUCAGGGGUUCCUUACAAGGAAAUUGCUACUGGAUUAAAAAGAACAAAAACACUCAGAGAAAUGUCCGAUUAUAUUUUUGAUAAAACGGACAAGAGAUUUUGUGUUGCUACUAUUUUCUUAGUAUUAAAAAAGAUUAAAUAUUCCUACCAAGUAAUUCCCUAUCGUCAUCCUCAACAAAAAGCUAACUUAGUAGAUGUUAUUGAGUUUAUGGAAAGAGCUAAUAAAUUACCUCCAAGACAGAUUUUAUCCACUGAUGAAAGUGGACAUCCUUUAAAUCUGGCUUCACGACGAGGUUGGGGUUUGAAAGGUCAAAAGAUUACUGACCAUAAACCUAGUUAUGAUACAGUAAAGACCGAGGUUUUUGCUAAUUUUCUUAAUAAUGUUAAACUCCCUAACAAGGAAAAAUAUUAUCUUUUGUUAGAUAACAUUCGAUUUCAUCAUGCUAAAAAGGUUAAAGAGUUGUUAACUGUCAAAAAUAUUGAACCCAGAUACAUAGUUGCUUCCAAUCCCUACUUAAAUCCAGUAGAGGAGAUUUUUAAUGUUAUUAAGCAGUAUGUUAAGAAGCAAAGACCAUGA